AUGUGUACCAGUAGAUUCAAAGACGUACUUGUUUUUUUCGCGCUUGUCGCAGCGGUACACUGCCAGGAGUACUUCCGGCAGCCGGAGAAGAUCAUCAGCGACAACCGUGACCUGGGCGACAACCGUGGCCAUUAUUCGUUCACGUACGAAACGGAAGGCGGUAUCGUGCAGAAAGAAUCCGGAAGUCGUAAAUACGCAGGCACACCGGAAGAGACCCAACUGAUCCAGGGUUCCGUACAGUACAACGCACCAGAUGGCACGCCGAUCGCAAUCAGCUGGACCGCCGACGAAUUCGGCACCCAAGUGGCCGGUAGCCAUAUACCAACGCCCCCUCCGAUACCACCGGCCAUACAAAAGGCGCUCGAAUGGAUCGCGAAGCAACCGUCGACUCCCGAGCCGGAGGAACCAGCCAAAGACUCGCCCAGCCAACAGAACGCCGUACGACCGAGUAGCAAUCGACAGUUCAAGUCGCUACGGGCGAACCAGAGAAAUUGA